AGACAAUACCCGGAUUAACGUAAUUUCACGCUUUUGGCUUCUCACAACCCGUUCCAAUUUGAGCCCCGCGAGCAAAACAUUUGAUUGAUUUGAAAAGCAAUUUGUUCCCACGUUUCGAUCGAACGUUUGAUCGAAAUUACUCUCGAGCAACGUGCUCGGAUCGACACGCUUCACGGGCCGAUAAUAGCCUGAAUAGCUGCCUCUUUCGAAGCAAAUGUUGCAAUAAGCUCCAUCGACGGCCAUGCAAGCGUUGGCAUAAAUUAAGGUGGUUGUUUGUCAGUAAAGCGACAUCCGUUUUUCACCUGCCGCUUGUCGGCCCGAAGUAGAUGCUCUACUUGCAUGUGAACUUGAAUCUGUUCUAUCUAUGUGAGGCGUUCCGAAUUCCUCAUGGCUACGGAUGUAGGCGCGUGGUUGCCGUUUGCAAGAGCGGCUGCUGUAGGAUGGGUCCCUCUGGCUACAUCUCCGAUGCCGCCGCCGCCAGAGACACAGAAAAACGACGAACGAGUCACCAUUAACGUUAGCGGACGCCGAUUUGAAACUUGGCAAAACACAUUGUCCCGUUUCCCGGAAACUCUCCUAGGCAGUGACGAAAAAGACUAUUUUUUCGAUUCGGAAACAAAGGAAUACUUUUUUGAUCGAGAUCCCGACCUUUUCCGGCAUGUUUUGAAUUAUUAUCGCAAUGGAAAACUGCAUUACCCGCGAGGAGAGUGCGUGCAGUCUUUCGAGGACGAACUCUGCUUCUUCGGCAUUUCCGAAGAUGUUGUGUACGAUUGUUGCUGGGAAGAUUUUCGAGAGAGGAAGAAAGAAUGCGAAGAAAGAAUUUUUGAGCCUGAUAAACUGGAAGACGGUGGAUCACAGAAUGGAGACGAGAACACUGACUCGACUUUCCGAGAGAAGAUGUGGACUGCUUUUCAAAAUCCACAAAGCGGUCCCCUGGCUUCUUUGGCUUAUUACAUCACGGGCUUUUUCAUAGCUGUGAGCGUCAUUAGCACGGUAGUCGAAACUCUACCCGCGGAUGGUGGAAACAUUGGAGAAGUCAAUAAAAGUAUUUUCUUUGGGCUCGAAACAGCCUGUGUUGUAGUUUUUACCAUUGAAUAUUUAGCCCGCUUAUACGCCGCGCCUGAUCGAUGUAAAUUUGCUCGAGAUCUGAUGAGCAUUAUCGACGUUGUUGCUAUACUACCAUUCUAUGUUGGCCUAUUUAUGCCUGACAAUUCGAUAAGUGGAGCUUUUGUGACUCUUAGAGUAUUUAGGAUCUUCAGAAUUUUCAAAUUUUCCAGACAUUCGCGAGGACUUCGAAUCUUGGGAUACACGCUUAAGAGCUGUGCCUCUGAACUUGGCUUCCUGCUAUUCUCUCUGUCUAUGGCAGUCAUCAUAUUCGCUACUGUCAUGUAUUACGUGGAAAAAGGAGAACCCAACACAAAAUUCGAAAGUAUUCCUGCAAGUUUCUGGUACACCAUCGUUACAAUGACUACAUUAGGGUAAGUUAAAAUUUUUUCUCAAUGAACUACACAUGACUAAACGUAUAUAAACUCGGCGGCUAACUUUGUGUUUACAUUUGUCUACAGACAUUAAGUCCUUGUGCAAAUUAUCUGAAUCUGCCCAUGUCAUUCUUUACUGCGUUGUCUACCAAAACGAAACUAACUUUGUCUGUUUUUCCUUCUAAUUUAGAGGUCUAGACGAAAUACAUUUGUUUCUCGGGUAGCUUACAUUAAUCGACGCAUACAACUCAGUCUACCAUGGAUAAAAUUAUUACACUUAGCGUAAAAAAGUUACAAUUCACGGACAACUCAUUUUCCCACAAUGGGCUAACUUUCGUAGAGAUAAUAUUUUAAAACGCAAGAACAGACAUGGCUUAAUUUGCAUGCAAAACAUAAUGUUUUGAAGCAAAAUGCAUAUAUUUACGUCUUAUUGUUUUCCAACAUCCUCAUAUAAUGAAAACUUGAACAGAAAAAGUUCUGUACAGUUUAUGCACGUUACGGUUCGAACUAAAAAACAGACUCAAACUACGUUUAUUUUUUUUUAUUCGUUCAUCGAAGCUAAGACACGGUAAAUACUAUGGCAAAAGACGAAUUUAAAAUUUCCUGUGUUAAAAAAUUAAUAGUUGAAUGACAUGCUUUAAAGCUGGUGUAUUGUAUUACAAAAGCGCGGGCACCAUUUGCGUUUUAAGUACGUUCUUCAACUUUAUUUUUUUUCUUCUUUUACGAACGUCUGAUCGGCUCGCUUCGAAUGAAAUCUACUAACAGUGUAUUAGCUUGGUUUAUUUGUGGUAUUUGUUCGAUAGGUUUUGAGAUAAGAGCUUAAUGAAUUACGGUUCUAAAACGGCGAUAAUGUCUUUCGGUGCUUUUGAAACUGAUCCGCUAAGAUUUCUGAUGAAAUUUCGGAGAACUUCCUCCACGCGCCGAAAACGUGACAAUUGGGUUUAAAUUUUAUGUAUACCGUUAUGAUAGACGCAUCACCUCGACAACAAGGACUAUAAUUUUGCACAUCUUUUGGCCCGAUUGCUUUUAUUUUCUAGAGGAACUUCUUUAAGUCGCGUGUUUGCUAAAUUCAUUUCAUUUUCUGUAGCUGGCCUCUGGGCCACUAUAAGUCGAUAGAUUCUUGCAACUAGAUGUAACAAGAAAUUUAUGCAAAAAUAGAUGUUAUUGAAAACAAGAACCAGUCGCAGGAGAACUGAAUUAACAAGGAAGUCGAGGAAAUUUAUUUACAGCACGAACAUUUAGCACGCAGCUGUAAGGAAUUGUUUAGUCCCGAUGUAUGGAAGUGUACAAUUCACAGCGAAACACAGGUUUUUGAGUAAAACACAGAAACAGAGAUACUUAAAAAUUAUGCCGCACUGUGGCUUCUAAAUCGAUUUCUAGGCGUUCAAAAUAUUCAGCUUUUUAGUUGCCCUACUUACACUUUUAAAAGGAAAAAACGAAAUGAAACUGUUCACGACUUUCAUGUUGUUCACAGCCGUUUUUUAAUUAUUAUUAGGUAUUUUCAGUUUUAUUUUUUUAAAUUCUAUAUGCUUCUGAGUUACCUUUCGUAUAUAACCAAUAAAAUGUGACAUUUCGCGGUUACUUCCAAGCUUUUAACUAAGGUGCAUUUGAAUCGUUUUUGCGUGAGCUAAGCUGUAACCGCUAGAAUUUUUCAAAAUGAAUUAUCAGGCCCUAAAACCAUCCUACCAUGAAAGUCAGCCAAGCACUUCAAGGACUUUGUCCGUUCAAAUGGAUUAGCAACAACACUUAAUUAAUGGGUCUUAAGCACCGAUCAGAGAAAGGUAUUACUCUAAAACGUUGGCUUUUGUUUUCCCAGCCCUCGCUUGUUGCAUAUCAUUUAUACUGAGUGCUUGUUCGAUAAUUUUUCAUUUCUUCCUAUUUAUUUUUUCUCUCGAUUCGUUUUAACUCAUUUCAUAUGCAAUGACAGAAAGUAUACCUUAAUGAAUAUUUUAUAUUUUUACACAGUUUUUCGAUUUUCACAACGUUUUCUUUUCCCCUCAUUUGCAUUGCCAUUGUAAUAUUCAAUACCGCGUUGUCAGCUAACACGUCAAAUAUUAAAUGAUAUUGAUAGAUAUAUAAAAAUUUUAAUCUUCAUCACUCUUUGUCACACAUUGAUGUGCUUUUGUGAAAUGAUUCAUCCAAGAACAAUUAAGUAUUUUCAUCUCAUUUCACCCUGCGAUACCUCUUUGUUAUGGCAUUAACAUAUAAAUAUGCUUACAUAAUGUGUUUUUUUGUUUCUAAGAUAGUAAAAAUUAUAUAAAUAUUAUGAGGCUAGAUAUCAUCAAGGCUAAGUGAAAGUGAAAAUAAUAGGCCUUUGUAAAAUUGUUUGGCUUAAUCAUCACUCAUUUAUGCCUAACUUUGAGUUCUUGCUAUGGUUCAAUAUUGUUCUUUAUUAUUGAUCCUUGGUUCAAAUUUUAUUUUCGUUAGUUCAGUCUCAUUAUUGUGCAUGUGUAUUAACGCACAGAAUAUCAAAAACAAAAGAAAAAAAAAAUUGAACCAAGGACACAACGUCGUAAUAAGGCAAUAUAUUUGUUGAUAAUUUGCGUAUAGGGUCAUUCCAACUCAACUCUGCUGAGAGCUGUGUUGACAUGUUGAAUUGAGAAGAGUUUGAACUUGUUCAGACUUCAUCAUAAUUUUCCAUGAGAUCUGGAAAUGCAAAUUUUUUCAUGACUGUCUGUUGCUAAAUUUGGGCCUGAUUUAAGGUUAGCCUCAUAAAGAGAGGAAGUAAAUGCCUGAGUGACGUCAGGGACCAACUCUAAGUGUCCGUCUCUACAAGCAGGUGUCGGUGGAGUUGUUACCCCUUACAGCCCGUGUGUCCACAUACAAAUUCUCUGAACUGAUCUUCAUACAUUCACUUAGAGAAUUAGUUAAGAGAAUUUGUUACAAGAUCAAAGCAUUUUCCCUUAAGUGAUCAUUCAAUUAAUUCCCAAAACCUUCUGUUUUAAUAAUGAAUUGUUAGGAGAAAAUUGAUGUUGGUCACUCUUGGCCUUCAAAACGGUUAAAACAGAGUUGAUUGUAUCAUUUAAAACUAUUCACUUCUAUUGAUUAAGUGUACAUACAAAGCUGUCAAACUGGCCAAUGUUAAUGCCGCAAUGAAGCAUAUCAAGAAGCCCAGCAUAACUGCAGUCAAGAGGUUGAUGAAGCACAUGAAAAUUGUUAGGUUACACAGGAUAGCAAUCCUCAAAAGCUCUCCUCCAUCUUGAAUCCUGAUCAACAAGGAUACUGGAACUUCCUAAAAAGGAAUGAAAAAUCCAAGGAAUCUAUAAGUUAUUCGUUGAAAUAAUGAAUAAAUGAAUUUCAUAUAUAUCUUUGAACUGCAGGAAUUAUAAAGAAAUAAAUGUUAUUCAUAAAGAUCAUUACAGUUGCGAAAAGAAAGCCUGAAAAUUAAGGCUUGCUAUGAUUCAAGCCCUUACCUCUGCAAUACUGGUGCAGUGCCCUAACUAAUUUAGCUAGCAAGCCAACUGGGAGCUGUUCAUUAAAAAUUGGUUCAUAAUAUACCCGGGACAGAUGAAGAUGAACUAAUGAAUGCAAUUUGUUGAAGAUGCAUCUUUAUAUGCAGCUUUGAAAGUAAAGCCUGUGUGAAAAAGUUCAGGCUUGUCGGGAUAAAUCUUUAUCCACAGUGUCAAUGACUAAACAACCUGUCAUGGGCUCUGUACUGUGGACAUGGUGUUCAUAAAAGUUUCAGUGUGUUUUCAGAUAACCUAUAGUUCAGCUCGAUCUCCAAUAAUAAAUUAUACUUUUUCCAGGUAUGGGGAUAUGGUUCCUGAGACAACCCCAGGGAAGAUAGUUGGCAGCCUGUGCUCACUCAGUGGUGUGCUAGUGAUUGCCCUGCCUGUGCCAGUUAUUGUAUCAAAUUUCAGUAGGAUAUAUCUACAAAACCAAAGAGCAGACAAACGGAAAGCCCACAAGGUAUGCUAUUCCAUUUUCAGUAGCGGACCCAGGGGAGGGGCCCUAGGGACCUGAAUGCCCCCCCUUCUUUUAAACCAAACCGAGGUCUGAAGGGCCAAACAAAACUUUUUUGAGACUGCCUCCCCCGUUAUCUCAGGGUCUGGAUUACCCCCCCCCCCCAUCUGAAAUUCUGGUUCCUCCAUUGAUUAUAUAAUCAAUUAUCAAUUUAUAAAAUUUUCUAGAACCACUAGCUUUGACAAAAAGCAUCUCCAAGUGAUAUUUGUGCUAUUUUCUUAUUAAUUGUGAAACAUUUCAAUCAAGUAGUAUAGAAGUGAAAAUACCUUUUUCCUAGAUUUUUUAAUCUUCUAGUGUAAGUCGUACCUUGUAGGCACAAAUUUGUUGUACAUGUGUUUCAGCAAAGUGUAAGAUCUACCAAGGAUACCAAUUUCACUCCAAAGUGUCAUUGAGUUAAAAGGCCAAUCUUUACAUCCUCUGUUCUGGCUAUCACAAAUAGCAGGGCUAAUCUAGCAAGUAAAAGCAAGUCUAGUUCAUUAUGGUGAAUAAAUUAAGAUGAUGAAAAAAUAUAAAAUAAUAUGCUAACUGACAAAAAUAAGUCAAUUAUGGAUAAAUCGCUGAAUAGUUAAAUAUAUAUAGUGUUCAACUUUGUCCAAAAUUAGAACAAAAGUUUCGAACAUAUUUUUAAAAUGUUCUUAAUGAACAGUCUUUUUUUGCAAGUAAUGUACUAUCAUGAUAAUAAACGUAGAAUUGAACACUAUAAUACUAUAUAUUUAUAAUAAAUUGUUAAAUAAUUUGUAAUUUAUUUCUGACAAAAUGUACAGUCACAAAUAAGCUAUCACCAUUAAUUUGGUCACUGACUAGGUAUGUAUUCAUGUAACUCAUUUUUAGAAAGCAAGGGUAUCAAUCUCAAAGACAAUGGCUGGUACUGCUUUGGUUUCACCCCCUGACAAAGACAAUGUUCCAUUGGUAAGUAAGAAGCAGCUCAAUAAAAAAUAUCAAAAAUGCAUGGUGAUAUAAAUUGGUACUUAAAAGAGGCUUAUAUUAGAGUUAAUAGAUUCUAUCCCAGAUCCCUUUAAAACUUGGGUAUCAAAACUUGGGCUAAGACAGGCAGGGUCGGGACUGCUUCCGUUUAAUUGUACCCACAGAAAUUGAUGAAAUCUGCUGUCACAUUGGUGUUCUUGCCAAUCUUGUGAAGGAGAAAUGUGGAGCAAAGAGAAAUAACAAACCAAUGUUCCACAAAAGGGUCUUUCUAAAAUUGGUUUCAUGGAUGGAGCAUUUAUUUUCUUCUAGUUGGUUUGCAACCACACAUGGCAGCCAUGUUGGUGGUCAACACAAUAAACUAAACUUAUUUCAAAGAAUAACAUGAAUUCAAAAAGAAUUGCAUGAAAAACAGGGGAUUCAAAAUGUUUUGAAGCAGGUGGCCAACUCUGGAAAAGUAGGCAGCUGUGACAAUCGAGGGGCUGCAAGGCCCCAGAGGCUAGAGGGGUCAGUGACCUAAAAUCACGCAGCCGACAGAACUCCAGCGCUCACCGGCUUGUUUUGAAACCCCUUUGAAAAUGGAGUUUAGUUCUCAGAGAAUAGAAAUGGUUUUGUUCUUAACCACCAACAUGGCUGCUAGGACAUCAAGUGCAAACCAGCAGUACAUGUAAUAAACAUAUUAUUUCCUGAUUUUGUCUAUGCAGGGGGCUGGUUUAGAGUUGACGCAGAUUCCAGUAAGCAAUAAAGAGAAAAACUAUCUUGAUGAACAACACACUCAUCUGUUACAGUGCUUGGAGAAAGCAACAGUAUGUGCAUGUGAUACUUAAAAUAAUAUGUACACUGCCAGACACCAUUGCAAGACAAGAUUCACAACACAUUAAUGCCUUCUAUAAAUCCCCUGCAGUUUUUCUUGAAAAUUAUAUGUAAGAGAAUUGUUGCAGUGUUACAAAUGUCAAGUUUGAGCAACGCUAGCGGCAGAAAAUUCCCCCUUACAGUAGUAUGUAAGACCACUUGUUGAAUGUCUUACAAAGGGAUCUGUCCCAUCAUCUUAUACAUCCUUUGUAGGGAGAGCUUCUAAUUUUGCAAAUCUGGGUAAAAUUAAUUUUGUGACUCUUUUGCCUGAGGUUGAUUUUACUUGAGGAAUGCAAUUGUUGAAAAAAACUUGACAUCAGAGAAGACCACUUUAAUUAUUGAACCUCUUAUUGAGGGGAUCUAGUGUCCAAUUAUUUUUUAUAAUCGCUGUACACCUAGACUGAGGGCCUUUGACAUGUUAUGUUGAAAAAUGAGUCAAUUUGAGACUUUUUUUUUGCAGGCACGACAGUUUGUAGAAAUGGAAUACUCUUACAAAGGAGAGGCCAUGAGAAGAACUCCCAAGCAGUCUUCGCCAAUUUGCACACCCUCUGGCUCACCAAUAUCAUCAUCAGUGUCAUUGGCGGCAGUGUGCGACAAUGCCUGUUACAAUCGAAAUAGUUACACAGGGAAAUGCAUGAAACGAACAAGAUCACUUUCUGAGCCUGCACAUCAGCAUGAGAAUACAUUUGUGCCAGAUCACUUGGAGAUGAAUGACAUAAAAGGCAAGCAUAAGGCAAAUUCAAAGCCACAUAACCACGAAAAGCAACCAAACAACAUAACAACAUCGGCCAUUGUGACAAUGCCAGAUUAUGAAACUGUCGUGGCAGUACCGAACAACAUCCAUGACAGUGCAGCUAAUCGCAGAUAUGAAAACUGUAACAACCGAAGAGGUUCGCAUACCAUAAUUUAAAGUUUUUCAAGAAAAUGAAAUUCAGGCAAAUUAUGAAGAAGAACAUUAUUUCUGGCUAGGAAAGUUGUAAAAUGAGAUGUGUUCAAAAAACAACUGAACUGCUGGCAAAAAUCAUGAAAAGCAGUCCGGUAGCUGAUAAGAAUAUUGCAGAAAAAAUGAUAGUAAAAAAUUGUUUAUAAUAGUCAAAAUUCAAGCAAUAGCUAUUACAAACUACAACAGAGUUCACUCGGUCAGAAUUUCAGAAGUGCUCUCUGCCAAGUGGUUUUUUUUAAUGCCACAAGAUUUGGAGAUGUAGCGAGGAAAAUCAGCCCAUCAGUUUGAAAGUGGGGCUUUUAUCCAAUACUGAAGACGACUUGCACUGUGCAGUGCACGGUGAUUGUGAGAUGCUUGGUCAUCAGAGAUAUUUAUUCAACAAAUAUUUUCUACAAAACGUGAGGAAAUGAGAGACUAUAUACAAACCAAUCGCACACUGGCACCAGAAAGUGCAUACAGAAAAAUAGUGGCCACACCCACAGAGAUAGGGUGCUGAGAGCCACAAAAAUUGGCACCAUGUUUGGAGCUGGUCUCUGACAUUUAUAGUUUGAGUGAGGAUCAGCAGAGAAGCUUAUGGACUGGAGACCAGGUAUGGAUCAUGUGAGAGUACAUCCUACCUUUCACAAAGGUGGCAGGUUUCAAUAAGGUACAGAUGAAGUUAACUUAACUUUUUUAUGAUCGUGAACCUGUGGGCUUUUCAUGGAUAUAUGCAAGGAUGCACAAGUGACAGAAAGAUACCACAGUGAAAACAUUCUCAGGAGAAUCUUGGACAUCAUCUGCAAUUAUUGCGGAUCAAGGUUUGCUCAAAAUUCCUCAAAAGCUUAGCCUUCAAGGCAACAUAAUUUAUCAAACAUUAAAAUAUGGAGUAAUUUGCACUCCAUUAGAAAAAACUUUUUAAAGGAAAGGGUUUCUUUUUAAGAGAUGACGAUAAUUAACUUAUUUGUACAAAGGAAAAUGAAAUGAAAUUGUAAUUAGGUAUUAUAGUAGUAUUGACAAGAAAGUUCUAAGGGUGAAAAAGAUCUGGGUAGCCUGUUAAGUGGCUGCAGUCAUUUUAUUUCAAAGGGAAGAGAGAAAGAAAAAUUAUGGUCUGCACUCAAGCCCCAGCCAUAGAAAAAUGCCUUAUCAAAUACCUGCCAUGGUAGAUGAGCAGGGAUUGCACUGAUUUUUCCACAGACUCAAAAGUUUGAAUGGCCUUGUACAACAUAUGAGACAUCCACAAUAACACAUGACAUAUUACACUUAAUUAUUAUUUUACAUACACCACAGUGUUCUACAGUGUAUGUGGAAAAGAAUUGACUGUAGUAGUGAGUCACCAAAAACAGGUCUUCAGAGAACGAAAUUCAGGCAAAAGUUGGGAGCUAAACCAUGAUUAUUAAUAAUCAUUAGCAGUUUUUAUCUGUCAAGGUACAAAUUCAUGCAGUCACAUUAGUUAUAUUAAUUUUUUGCUGUCUAGAACAAUGUUUUCUCAUCUACUUAUUUAGGUUGUUAAAUGCUCUGCAAAUGCAUGUAUAAAUGGUAGUAUUUUAAUUGAUCUCAGAGAUAUUUAAUUGGGAGCAUUUUAUCCUACUAAAUAACAAUUUCUCCAGGUAAUGUAUUAACUUUACCCAGCAGACCACUCAAUUCUUCUGUUUUACAAAUUUCAUUCAUGCAGUCACAUCAAUAAUUCUGCUGUUCUUGCGAAAAUCUACACAUAUUUAAAGGAAAACUAUACUGUCACAACAACUAAAUUGGCUAAAAACCUACGAAUUUUAAUUUGUUCGAUGUAAAACAACAAAAAUCAACAGCUAUAACAAUUGUACUUGUAACAUGUACAAAUUUCCAAAAAGAAAACAAGAACCAGCAAUACAAAUGUAUAUGAGAAAAUUUUGGCUGCAAUAACUUAUUUAUAAGUUAAUUAAUGCUAUGCACUGUGUAAAAUUAACAAGCAACAGAUUAGAGAAAUGAUGAUGUCACAAAAAAAAGAUUAAUGCGAUUGUGAGAUUGGAUAGGAAGUUCAGAGAGAACAUGAUAAAAUUGCCCACUUGCCAAAAUUCAUCGGGUUAGUGCAAAUUGGUGGUGAGAUUUAGGCGACGUAAUGUUCUGAUGAUUCCAUACAAAUCCUUCUAAAACUGGCUCAGAUCAUAAAAUGUACAAUCCAGGUCAAAUUUAGAGAAAUUUUUAUGGAGUCAUCACAGUAUAACCUCGCUAAAUUAUAUCUCACUAUUAAUUUACACUAACAUCUAUUGUUGUACUGAUUUUGGCCUGUCGGCAUUUUUCUUCUUGUUCUUUAAUUGUAAACAUCCCAAUCCAUCCCAUAAUUUGACAAAUUUGAAUUUUUGAGAUAGCAUACUUCUUUAAUCUAUUUUUGAUCAAAAUUACUUAUCUAGUGCAACUGACAUGGCCGUUGAUUAUUGUGAUAAGCAUGUCAGUCACGCUAGGUAUUUAGUUUAGCUUUCCUUGUGGUAAUCAAAGAAUUAUUUCUUUGGAGAAAUGUUCCUUAUUCUUAGGAUAUAUUAGAUGCUUAUGGCAGCUUGUUGGACUUAAAAGGUUAACCUUUAACUAACUGUGCUUGAAAAGAGGACAGUAAUUACAGCUGUUUUGGAUAACAAGCGACCCACAAAGCACAAUCCUGAGAAGGCUAGACAACUUCAAUGUCAAAAUACUAUAGAAUCUAAUAGGCCACUUCCAAGUUCCAAAAAUUCUCACUUUUCAAAACAAGGUUAAGUGCAAAACCUUUCUUAUGAAAAUGAGUUUUAUUCACAUGAGAAUAAAGAUCCAUUUUGAUAUCAAUGGCUUUGUACUUAGCCUCGCUUUGAAACAGAGGCUUUGGGCAACUCAGAAAUGGCUUAUUUAGCUAGGUUGGCAAUUUUUAAUGACAACAGUGCUGCCACGGCACACCCACACAAAACUUUUUUGCAACUCGUCGUGGGAUACAAAAUCCAGUUUCUUGUGAGAGUAAAUUAAAUUUUCAUAAAUAACUUCAGGUGUUUUUUAGCCCUCAUUGGAAAUCUUUAAAUCAAAUUAGAGGUGAUUGGAUAAGGGUUAGAAAUCCUGGCGAUCACUGGUGAAAAAAUCUCAGGCCUGUGUCAUUAUGCCUGUUUAUGUUGGCAGGUGUAGCAUCCCUGCAAACUUAAUAAUAUUAUUCCUGGGAACAACAAAUCACUCUAAGUUAUUUUUUACGCUGUACUGGGAAGUUGUAUUUCAAAACUCAUAAGUUAUAGAAGAUGCGCAGAGUAAUGGUACAUGCCUAGGAGACUUUGAAUGCCAAAUGAAAUGCAUUAUAUUUAUUUGAACACACAUUUUGAUUAUUUAUAUACAAAUUUAUUUAUUGGUUUAAGUUUUUGGUAAAGUAUAUAUAUGUAUACUUUCAUCUGUCAUGCAACACUUCAGCACUAGUUGUCUGUUUUGUGACACCAACAUAGCAACAGUGAUUUGACUGUCGUUUGGUUCGUCACAUUUGAAACAGAGAAGAAAACAGAUGUAGGACAGUGGAACAUGAUGGUUUACAAGCUGUUGUGAGCCUGAGGUUGACCUUGCUUUGAUACAAACCUCCUCCGUUUUGUUAUGGAAAUCAUGCUUUGAAAAUACUAUUCAGUAUAAGAACAACAUGAUUUACAAAAGAAAGCAGGAAGGGUUGUAUCAAAAAAGGUCAACUCCAGACUCGCUUCCACCUGUAACAUGCCUGCGUUUUAUUUCAGCAGCUUAAACCAGAACUGAGC